AUGUACUACAGGAUGCAACUCUUGUCUUGCAUUGCACUAACUCUUGCACUCCUCACAAACAGUGCACCUACUUCAAGCUCUACAAGGGAAAUACAGCAACAGAUGGAGCAAUUGCUGCUGGAUUUACAGAUGGUUUUGAAUACAGUUACAAAUAGUGACACUCCCAAGCGCUCCACAAUGUGCAGAUUUAAAUUGAACAUGCCUAAGAAGGUCACAGAAUUGAAACAUCUUCAGUGUUUUGUAGAAGAACUGAAAGCUUUGGAGGAUGUGCUAAAGGUAGCACAGAGCAAAAUAGACACCAGGGAAAUCAUCAGCAACAUGAAUGUAACGGCUCUGAAGCUGAAGGGCUCUGAAACAACAUUCAUGUGUGAAUAUGAUGAUAAAGAAGCAGAUAUUAUAGGAUUUCUGAACAAAUGGAUUACCUUCUGUCAAAGCAUCCUCGCCACACUGACUUGA